UCCCGCCUGGAUGGGAGGCGGGAGGGAGUCCCGCUCCUGUUGUUUUCCGCGAGCGGGAGUGGGUGGCGGGCGCAGAGGGUGGGGUGCGCCCUCCCACCCCGGGCCGGGCGCUGCGGAGACAGAAUCGCGCCGGGAGCCCCGCGCGGCUCCCACCGGCGGACAUUGGGCUCAGCCCAAUCAUCCUUCCUGGGGGCUGCGGAGAGUCGGGCUCCUCUGUCGUUCCGAGGACCCGGGAGGAGGACUCAGUACCCCAGGGGCCGGGCCCCUGGGGAGCGGGGGGCGCACACCCACCCAGCGGGAGCCUGCGUUUCCUGAGGAGCCCCUGCCGGCGCCUGGGGCGAGAUGGCCGCGGGCGCCCGGGCGUCCCAGCCGCAGGUCCUUGUCUGCCUCGGGGUGCUGCUGGCCCGCUGGGUCGCCGCAGGAUUGGAGGCUCUGGUCAUUGGAGAGGUUCACGAGAACAUUACUCUGCACUGUGGCAACGUUUCAGGACCAAGGGGCCCGGUAACCUGGUACCGGAAUGACUCGGAGCCUGUCUUCCUUCUGUCCUCCAAUUCCAGCUUCCCGCCGGCUGAGCCGCGCUUCUCUCUGGCAGAUGCCGGCUCGCUGCGCAUCACCGCGCUGAGGCCGCGGGAUGAGGGCAACUACACCUGCUGGGAGGUCCUGAACGAGACCCGGUGGUUCCGAGUGUGGCUGCAGGUGGCCGGCGGCCCUUAUGAGGUUGAGGUCAAUAUCUCCAGCACUGGCAAGCUCCCCAAUGGCACCAUCUAUGCAGCCAAAGGCUCCGAGGUGGACUUCAGCUGCAGCAGUAGCUCCUGGCCUCCACCAAUGGUUGAAUGGCAGUUUCGGGCCCCAGAUUCCAUCACCGAGCCCUUUGGAAACAACCUGACAGUCAGCUGCUUCACUCUGCUGCUGAUGUCACAAAACCUCCAAGGAAACUACACCUGUUUGGCCACGAACAUGCGCACUGGGAGACAGCGAAAGGUGACCACCGAGCUCCUGGUCUACUUCCCCCCUCCAUCAGCCCCUCAGUGCCGGGCAGAGAUGUCACAAGGAUCACUCAUGCUGCAGCUCACCUGUCGCUGGGACGGGGGAUACCCAGACCCGGACUUCCUGUGGACAGAAGAGCCAGGAGGUGUGGUCGUGGGGACGUCAAAGCUGGGGGUGGAGAUGCUGAACCAGUCCCAGCUGUCAGAUGGCAAGAAGUUCAAGUGUGUUGGGAGCCACAUAGUGGGGCCGGAGUUGGGAGCCAGCUGUGCGAUACAGAUCAGGAGCCCCUCCCUUCUCUCUGAGCCCAUGAGGACUUGCUUCUUGGGGGGCAAUGUGACGCUCACCUGCCAAGUGACUGGAGCCUACCCCCCUGCCAAGAUCCUGUGGCUGAGGAACCUCACCCAGCCUGAGGUGGUCCUCCAGCCCAAUGGCCACUAUUUCAUCACGCAGAAUGGCCAGAUCUCCAAUCUCACCAUCUGCAACUGCUCCCAGGCCCUGGAUGAGGGCUACUACGUCUGUCAGGCUGAGAACCCUGUGGGGGUGCGGCAGGUGGACAUCUGGCUGACCGUGAAAGAACCUUUAAAUAUCGGGGGACUUGUGGGCACCAUUGUGAGCCUCCUGCUGCUUGGACUGGCUAUCAUCUCAGGGCUUAUGUUAUAUUACAACCCCGUGUUCUGCUGGAAAGUAGGAAACACUUUCAGGGGACAAGACAUGGGGGAUGUCAUGGUUUUGGUGGAUUCAGAAGAAGAGGAGGAGGUAGAGGAGGAAGAUGCUGCUGAAGAGGAGGAAGAAGAGGAAGAAGCAAAUGAGAGAGAGGCGUCGCCAGAAGAAAUCCGUAAGCAUGGCCACGUUCACAGAGUGACUGCCCUGGUGAAUGGGAAUGUCGACCGGAUGGGCGAUGGGCUCCAGGCUCUGCGAGACGACAGCAGUGAGGAGCAGAGUGACAUCGUUCAAGAAGAAGACAGGCCAGUUUGAAGAAAGAGAACUAUCCUCCGUUAUCCCGUCUUAAAAGCCUGGAAAGCUACGUUGAAGAUGAGCUUUUCAUCCUGCUUUGACUUGACUUGCACCCAUGCCUGAGGGAUGAAAAUGGUUUGGGACACUCAGCAAAAAAAGAAAAACACGCACAGAGAUUCCCUCCCCCCCCCCUUUUUUUUUCUAAAUUGGUUUGAUUUGCUGAUAAGUUUUCUCAUUGAUGUUAAAACGUGUUGGGAACAGGCAGUGCGCGGCGGGGAAAGGUGCAUUUGGCAUCUGAGGUGCCCCCUUCACUGUGACUGUGGCUUGAUCCAGGUUGACUGAUGCUGAUUUGGAGGGGACAAGAGUGGGGGGGAGCACCUGGCCUCCAUGCACAGUGCUCCCAGUACACUCUUAAAGGUCCGUGACCAGCUUGCCCCAUACACACAGGGGAAUAGUGUGGGGUGAUAGGCACACCUCCUUUAUCACUGCCUGGAAAAGGUGAGGAGGUGUUCGCUAUUGAUGGGGAGUCAAAGGGAGACAGUUUGGCUCAGGUUUAGGAGUUGUAAACACCUAGGCUUGAACGUGGGCCCUGCUCCUUACUGGUUUCCUGGCCUUGGGCACGUUGCUUUCCCUCUGCCGGGGGCCUCCGUUUCCUCAUCUGUAAAAUAGGUGAAGUCAUACCUGCCUUACAGGGGAUGGUGGGGACUAAAUGAGGUAUUGUGGAUGGGAAAGUGCUAUCCAGCAGGCGUUCAGUAGAUGUUCUUUCUCCUCUCCUCUGCCCUCCCUAGUGGAAGAAACUGUGUCAUCUGUAAGUUACAGGCUGCUGCCUGGGCCUCUCGUUCUUUGUAAAAUGGUUUCAGAGGAAGCAUUAUCAGGGCUCUCCUGACGCUAUUUGCUUCCCUGGAGGUGUAAUUCUUUUCAAAAGAGGUAGGGGCCCCUAAGAGGAAGUGCCUUUCAUUAGAACCUCUCAUUUUGCAGAGCUUCAUAUUGAUACAAAAGCCUCUUAGGUGAUACCCUAGUAGCUUGCAGAUUUUCCCAUUCUCCCCCUUCUCCUGUGGCUUUGAAAGAAGGCAGGAGAAAUGUUUUGCAGUGGAGUACCUGGUGAUAAGUACUCCUUGGGCAGACUAGUUCCUCUGGCCUCCGUUUCUCGAUUUUGGAAAUAGGGACGGGAAAACUUGUUUCCUUCCUCCUUAAGGAGAGUAUGAGGAUGCAUUGAUCAACAAUGCAAAGUUUUGAAUGAAAUAACAUCUGAUGAGUUUAAGCUGCUGUUUCCAGAUCCCUGUACAGCCCAGAGAUUGUUCUCUGAUUUCGUCCAAAUCUCUUACAUGUCAGAGACCUAGUAAGGGUGCAAAAGACUUGUGCUAAACAUGAAAAUCUGACUUGAGUUUGCACUCUUUAAUGUUCAUAUCCCACUUGCUGGGCAAGAGCUAGUGCUUAAGGGAGAGCUUCCUUUCUCCAAAUAACAGGCACUGGGACUCCAGUAAGAUGAGAAGCUGGUUGUCUGCAGCCUUCCCCUGCAGGUGUCCCGGGGAGGAGUCUAUUUUCUUGGACUUAAAGACUGAACUGAGCAAAUGACUAGGAGUGAACCCCGUCCCCAGCUCAGAGCCCUGUGAAUCGCAGGAGCUGGUUGCUGGUUCUACCCCCAGCUAAUCUGGGGUGUAUAGCGAACUGCAGUUCUUAUGUGCUGGGGCUUCUGCUGCCCAGGACUUCCUGGAUGUCGCCACUCUGGACAGCCCAAGUCAAUGUUUCAGAACAGAAGACUUGAGUUGCUUCUAAAGUCAUUGAACUCGGAGUCCGUCUCCCUUUAGAAUCUUCCACGAUUAAAUUCCUGAGACUUGGAGGGUUCACUCUGCAGAGGCAACCAUAUUAAAAAAACAAAAAAAAAAACAAAAAAAAAAUAACCCUAGCUAGGAACGCAGAGAAUGAUUUGCAAGAUCACUGAGAUGCUUUCCAGAACUUCUUCUCUUGCACACACAUCUAAUGAUAGGAAAUCUUUGGGGCAGGGCUUUUCCGCUAGCAAUUGGGGGCUUCAAGGUCUUGUUGCCAAACGCUUUACACCCUAGAUUACCUGAGCCACGACUUUGGUCACUCAUAUCUGAGCCCUGGGUCAGUUAAGAGCGCAGGUACUGGCAGUCUUCGAGUUUUAAGGAUUGUUAAAGAAUUAGGGCUUGCUUUUAUUUUAAGAUGACUCAUCCCUAAAACUACAAGCAUGAGACAGUGGGUUACAAACUCUGUGGCAAAGUUCAGGUUGUUACGUUGUGCUGUUACACAAUAGUAUCGGAAGGUAUUUUGAACUCCAAGAUCCACUUAUCAGAACCGGGAAGUAAAUCCUUAACGGCUAUCACAACGGACAUUUCAGAAGGGGACACUGGGGAAGGGCUCAGGCAAUCCUGUGGCUUUGAUAUUAGUUCUAAUUCUCACAAGCACAUAUACGCCCUAAGACUGCAGACAACCCACGAUGGAAGAUGCACCGAAAGUCAGAAAAUCAUCCUUGCUAGGUAAAAUUUAUUGUGAUGCAGUAAGUGCCAACUGGUAAUUCUCACUGUGGGACUGACCAGGAACUGCUGCGAAGAAAAAUUAGCAGAUCCCUCUGCAUUAUUGACAUUUUAAUAUUUGGUGUGCUGUGGGGGGGGCAGGGGAGUCAGAGAAAUUUAUUCUGAGGUUAUAAUAUGAGUUUUUUUUAAAAAAGAUUAUGGAAUAAAGUUAUUUUUAAAUAAAUGCUUUAAUGAUCUUGAUUUAGACUUGAUUAGUAAACUGAAAGAU